AUGGCGUCCAGGAAGAAGGUUCUCCUCAAGGUGAUCAUCCUUGGUGACUCAGGUGUCGGUAAGACCUCCCUGAUGAACCAAUAUGUUAACAAGCGCUUCUCGAACCAGUACAAGGCGACCAUCGGUGCCGAUUUCCUCACCCGCGAAUUAGUCGUCGAUGACCGAGUGGUCACUAUGCAGCUGUGGGAUACCGCCGGACAAGAACGGUUCCAAUCCCUCGGUGUCGCGUUCUACCGGGGUGCCGAUUGCUGUGUGCUGGUGUAUGACGUCAAUAGCUCAAAGAGCUUUGAGGCGCUCGAUGGGUGGAGGGACGAGUUCUUGGUACAGGCAUCCCCGCAUGAUCCUGAGAACUUCCCAUUCGUCGUACUCGGGAACAAGAUAGAUAUGGAGGAGUCAAAGCGGAUGGUAUCCCAGAAGCGAGCCAUGACGUGGUGCCAAGCAAAGGGCAACAUCCCGUACUUUGAGACCUCGGCGAAAGAGGCUAUCAACGUGGAGCAGGCGUUCCAGACUAUCGCGAAGAAUGCUUUGGCGCAGGAGGCCGAGACUGAACUCUACGCCGACUACCCCGACCCAAUCCGGAUCGACUCGGAGAACUCGCAGAAUUACGGCUGCAACUGCUGA